AUGGCUGUGGAAGCUCUCCACUGCGGUUUGAAUCCACGGGGUAUUGAUCAUCCUGCUCAUGCUGAAGGCAUUAAGCUGCAAAUUGAAGGUGAAAGUGUUGAGUCUCAACCCAUUAAAAACAAACAUUUCCAGAAGGUGCUUGACCAAAAAGGAUCCCCUAAGCGACUGCAGGCAGAAGCUGAGACGGCUAAGUCAUCUACGGUGAAGCUGUCAAAACCAGUGGCUCUGUGGACUCAGCAGGAUGUCUGCAAGUGGUUGAAGAAACAUUGUCCGAAUCAGUACCAGAUCUACAGCGAGUCAUUCAAACAGCAUGACAUAACUGGGCGAGCUUUGCUGAGACUUACUGACAAAAAGCUCGAGCGAAUGGGGAUUGCCCAGGAAAACCUCCGGCAGCACAUCUUGCAACAGGUGCUCCAGCUGAAGGUGCGGGAAGAAGUCAGAAACCUGCAGUUACUCACACAAGCCUCACUCGAGGGUUCUCCAUAA